UAGAGAGCGAGAGAAGGUGGAGGAAGUGGUCUUCACCAUUUAUUCUUUCUGUUUCACAGAGGUGACAGAUUGAUGCCAUCUGCAUCUUGUAGAAGAGACAUUCUCACAUUAGUUCUAUACAAUAAUCACAUCUCGAAGCCCAGAUCAAAAGCAGGGGUCAUCUUCAGGAAGCCAACAGCAUGGCUUUUCAAGCUGCUCUCGCCGUGCUCUUCCUGUGCGUAGCUACCGCGAAGGCUACUGGGAUGGUAACAUUCAAUGGCGCGAUGUUCGAAAUGACCUGUCCAGAGGAGGGAAAAUGGUACAAAAAUGGCAAAGAAGUGGGAAGUAAUAUGAACAGUUAUAACACUAUCUACAAAAGUGAAACCAGAGGCUUGUACCACUGUAUAUACAAGGACCAAGAGAAUGAUAAAGACGUUAAAUAUUAUUUCUACGUGAAAGGAAAGGCGUGUGCAAAUUGUGUGGAGCUCGACGCGUUUAUGUUCCUGCUGGCCAUCACUGUGGACGUGGUCGCGACAACGAUUCUGAUGUUCUUCAUCUACAAGUGCACCAAGAAGAAAAGCUCAGCCAAACCUGCACAGACUCCAAAACUACCUGCUCGUUCAGGAGGCCACGCUCCACCUAGCACCUCUUCUCCUUAUGAGCAACUGAACCCCCGCACUCGCUCCGACGACCCUUACAGUGUCGUGAACAGGAUGGGAUAGAGUCGAGACAGUCCACUAGGUCACGUGGUGUAAAGGCUGCAUGGGCAAAGGACACAUACAGGAGUGUGCUCCGUGCACACACAGGCUUUUGGUUUGAUGUAUUUAAAUUUAAAUCACUCACAUCCAUUAUUUACACUGUUUUGUGUGCCAACACCACCGCAGUGAUUUACAUCCGUGUUUAUAUUGUGUCUUUUUUCUGUAUAUACACCUAUAUAUUAUCUGUAUAUUACAUCCAGCUGUACAGUCCAAUUCAAUCCAACACAAGUGUCAUUAAAUCUACUUUUGUGAUGCUAAUUAUGUUCUAAUUUAGUUGUGUAUAUUUUGUGCUUCCAGUGCAAUUGGUCUAAUUUUUAAUAUAAAAAGUUGGAGUACUGUAAAAAACAACAAAAAAAACAACU